CUCGAUUAGUUCAUCAGUUUGUGAGUGUUUAUCGUGUUGUAAAGACGUGUCAUGUUGUAUUGUGUAUUUCAAUUAAUCUGAGACAAUUUGUUUUUCAUAUAUAGGUUUUGCAUCCCUCUUUUAUGUUUUAUUUGCUUUCAAAUGAGUACAUCAACUCACAAACGCAAUAAACUGUGCUUAAGCCGCAUUCUUUAAACAUAUGUACGAGAUUUAUGUCGUGAUUGGUCGACAUCAAGUUGUUAGUGCAUAGGCGUUUUUACUCAACCAGUGCUAUAACGGUGAGGUAACCUUUAAACAGUGGAUGAUGUAAGCAAGACUCAUACAUAUUUACUCCCAGUAAAGUUCAGUUCUGAGAAAUAUUAAAGUGAGGAAAAAUAAGUGGAAGAACGGAGAAUCAAAAGAGAGGAUAUCAUCACUGAAAAACAGAAGUGAACUAAAAUUUCAUUUAGUCAAGGAUAUACUACACAGCUCCAGAAGUAAUGAUACACGUAGGUGAUAAUACAUGGAACCUGCGGGUAUACAUAACAGACCUGCAGGUCGAAAAAACAUUGCGCGUGCGAGGUGACCUACACAUAGGGGGCGUUAUGCUAAGACUGGUAGAUCCAGAAAACCCGAAAGAUUGGUCAGAUCACGCCUUAUGGUGGUCUGCGCGUAAUAUGUGGCUUACUAGGACAAAAUCAACGCUGGACCAAGUUGGUCUACAUGCAGAAGCUCUGCUACACUUUACACCCAUGCACAAAACACUCAGAGUACAGAUGCCGGAUCUACGAUAUCUAGACUGUCGUGUAGAUUUUUCGAUCAAGACUUUUGGUGCAGUUGUGGCACUUUGCAAAGACUUGGGUAUUCGACACCCUGAAGAACUAUCUUUGUGCAAUCCAUUAGAACCAGCGCAUUUGAAGAAAAAUUAUGCGGACUUGCCAAAGAAGAAAAUUCCAAUCGAGCAUAAUGGUAAUGGGCGUGAAUUCAUUCAACCGGCAGCUGAUACAAAUACGUUUAUUCCGGCUACUGCUGGCUAUUUUCACGGCAGCAACGGAAGUCUCGAUGGACCAACCAGUGGUGGGCCGUUCUCUUGUGCACCGGUACAGCAUACACACUAUACUCCCAAUAAACCGACAUUACCGAUCACACCAAUUGGGUCUCCUACGGGGACAUUAAGGCAUAAUUACAGCAAUGGCUACACUUCAUUCAACGAGUCAUCCUCAAGUUUAGGUGAUGCAAUCGAUAAUUUAGCAUACAGCCCAUGCACUCUCAGUCUGGAAGCACGAUCAAGGUUGGUUAAACCAAAAACACUAAUCGAACGGGCACGCAUGAACGUUGGCUGGCUAGAUUCAUCGCUUUCGAUUAUGGAGCAGGGCAUUCGAGAGUUUGACACACUUUGCCUGCGUUUCAAAUAUUACACUUUUUUUGACUUAAAUCCCAAGUAUGAUCAGGUGCGUAUAAAUCAGCUGUAUGAGCAGGCAAAAUGGCAACUGUUGAAUGAAGAAAUCGAAUGUACAGAAGAGGAGAUGCUUAUGUUCGGCGCACUGCAGUUCCAGGUGAACUUGCAGAAUGAAGUUCCACAGCCGGAUUCUGGAAUUGACACAUCGAGUUUGGACAACGGAGCUGAUGACGACGUCGAUGCUGCAUUACGCGAGCUUCAAAUAACGCUGGAAGGACCAAACAAUGGUUACAAUGCAGGAGAUAUUACGCAUAUACCAGAGCUAACGGAUUAUCUACGAUUUAUGAAGCCAAAAAAGUUCACUCUCAAGGGAUACAAACGCUAUUGGUUCACCUAUAAGGACCUGCAUUUACACCUGUACAAGAGCCGAGACGACGCACGGUCGAAUAAUUUACCUCAAGUCACAAUCAACCUUCGUGGCUGCGAAGUAACACCGGAAGUAAACCUAUCCCAGAGCAAAUUCAACAUCAAACUAGAAGUUCCACUAGAACAUAAUACCAAUAGUGAAAUGUGGAUUCGAUGUGAUAACGAAGAUCAGUACGCUAAAUGGAUGGCAGCUUGUCGACUGGCGUCAAAAGGUCGAUCUUUGGCGGACAGUUCAUAUGACAGUGAAGUGUCUAGCAUUAAAUCGUUUCUAAGCAUGCAGAAACCUGCACAAGUAGCGGCAGUCACCAUCAAUCCGAACAAUAUCGAUCCAAGCGAAUACAUUUCUUCUAGAUAUGCCAGAAAGCUUAAGAGCAAGGCCGUUAUUCGAAUGUUGGAAGCACAUGCCAAUGUGAAAGAACUUUCACUGAUUGAUGCUAAAAUGAAUUUUAUUCGUGCAUGGCAAAGUUUACCAGAGUUUGGUGUUACGCUGUUUGUGAUCAAAUUCGACGGACAUAAGAAGGAAGAGUUACUUGGGGUGGCCUGCAAUCGCAUCAUGAAAAUGGACAUUAAUACGGGAGACCACUUGAAGACAUGGCGCUACAACACUAUGAAGGCCUGGAACGUGAACUGGGAAAUAAAGUGCAUGAUGAUUCAACUUCAAGGCGAGAGUGUUAUAUUCUCAUCGCUAUCCGCCGAUUGCAAGGUCAUACACGAAUUCAUCGGUGGCUACAUCUUUAUGUCGAUGAGAUCGAAAGAAACUAAUCAAACGUUAAACGAAGAAUUAUUUCAUAAGCUAACUGGCGGAUGGAACUGAACAAUCCAGAAUAGCAGUUGUUUUGUAAUAAUUGAAGUGGUUUUUCUUUGAAGAGUGUAAAUAGCGCAAGUUUUAACGUUAUUACGUGCUUAAUUUCGAAGCAUAAUUUAAGUUAACAGAGUAGUAACAACUACCUAAUAAAUACCUAGUUAACGAAAGCGUUUUAUUUUUCUUAUCGCAAAUUUUUUCUCAGACAGUAAGGAUAAGGGUUUCAGCGUGAAAAAAAAACACUUUUUUGCGAAUUUUUUUAUAACUGCGUGAAGCAAAUUGAUCAAAACUUUUGUACAUUAUAGUAUAUCAUUUUAAUAACAUGCUGUAAUUUUUCUAUGCACAAAUAUAGACAAACGACUCGGCGACGAAGCUUUUUUUGAACAUCUCUGGAAAAACAUGAUUUGCGGUGAUACCAUUCCAAAACUACUUAACCGAUUCCUUUCAAACUUUGCAUGCACAUUCUAUGUUAAAAAUACCUAACCCUUACGUAGAUUUUUUUAGAUAAAUUUUCAAUUAAGGGUUUUUUUUACUCAUUUCAAAUAAAAAUUACUAUUUUUCACGAAAAAUGUCGCCUUUUUAUGAGUAAACACCCCCUCAAUCGAAAAAUUAUCUCAAAAACUCAACGUAGGGGUUAGAUAUUUUUAAAAUAGAAUGUGUAUUGAAAGUUUGAAAGAAAUCGGUUAAGUAGUUUUGGUAGGUAACACCGCUAAUCAUGUUGUUUCCAGAGACGUUGUACAAAAAGCUUCGUCACUGAGUCGUUUUUCGAUAUUUUUGCGUAGAAAAAUUGCAGCAUGUUGUUGAAAUGAUACACUAUAAUGUACAGAAGUUUUGAUAAAUUUGCUUUACGCAAAAUUCGCAAAAAUGUGUUUUAUUUUUACGCCGAAACCAUGCCCCCCCCCCCCAAAAGCGAAAAUCAGAAUGCCAAAAGCGUCUUUUGUAACAGCCUAGUUAAAACACACAGUUUGGAGUUUUUAUUGUAGUAUUGCAAUUAGUCAGUAAUAAAUAUGAAAUAUCAAGAAUUACAGUAAUUUUACUGCUAAAAUAAAUAAAUAAGUUUCUACUUACAUGAACUUAACGGAUUUUAUUGAGUUCAUUUUGAUCUAUCAUUUGAAAAAAAAGUUUUUGAGUAUCGUAACUUUUAACUAUUAUCUAACUCAGCUAGAGAAGAUUACGAUAAUUGUAAUUAAUAAUGCAUAAUAAGCCGUUAUGAUGAAGUGAAAUAUGCUAAUUUUUGUUUAAUUAAACAUUUCUUUUGGGAAAGAAACUCGUUUUUUGAAUUGCCAGAGAAAAUUUAUUCGAAAUCUUACUAGUUCUCGACGUCUAAUGAAAACUUCCUAUGGCUAAAUUUUUUACGGCUGCUAGUAGUUGAGAAAUUUAAAACUUGGAAAAUAGUAGGAAAUCAACUGAUGAAUUCCUUUCAUAAAAAAUCGCACAUGUUAACAUACAAUGGAACAUGAAUAUUUAUAAUGCUUAAAAACGCAAAUCAGAAUGCCAAAAGCGUCUUUUGUAACAGCCUAGUUAAAACACACAGUUUGGAGUUUUGAUUGUAGUAUUGCUAUUAGUCAGUAAUAAAUUUUAUUGCAUGUUGAAAUAUUAAGAAUUACAGUAAUUUUACUGCUAAAAUAAAUAAAUAAGUUUCCACUUACAUGAACUUGACGGAUUUUUUUGAGUUCAUUUCGAUCUAUCCUUUGAAAAAAAGUUUUUGAGUAUCGUAACUUUUAACUAUUAUCUAACUCAGCUAGAGAAGACUACGAUAAUUGUAACUAAUAAUGUAUAAUGUGCCGUUAUGGUGAAGUGAAAUAUAUUAACUUUUGUUUAAUUAAAAAUUUCUUUUGGAAAAGAAA